AUGACCGGGCCGCCGUCCUCUUCCUACCCCGGCCAGGUCCCGCCGCCAGCCGCCGUGAUUUCGCCGGAAAACGAGGAGAAAAGCUCCGGUUUUGACAGAAACUUCGCCGGCUUCGUUCUCCGUCGUCCGGCCACCGAUUCCGGCAACGUAGGCAACUCGAUUUUACGAAUUGGGUUUCGGCCGGAUUUCGGGAUGAGAUUCCGGCCACUUCCGGUCAGAUUUUGGGGUACGUCCAAGAACAAAAGUGACUCCAAAUUAGGUGUUUUACCUAGGGUAGGAGUCUGGGCUCACGAUUUGGAAGUUUUUCCGGCGAUGGGUAUCGCUUUGGACACCCACGCGCUGCCGGCGCGUGUGGCGGCGCGUGGGCACUGUAGCGAGGGGCAUUUUUGUCCCAAUGUGAUCCUCAGGUUGUCAUGA